AUGCCGCCCUGGGCACACAACUCCUGGAUCUGCGUCUUCUCUAUCAUGCUCAUUAUAGCCGUCGGAGGAAACGCUAUAGUCAUAUGGAUUGUGAUCGCUCACAAGCGCAUGCGCACGGUGACCAACUACUUCCUCGUGAACCUGUCGCUGGCGGACCUCAUGAUGUCCGCGCUCAACUGCCUCUUCAACUUCAUCUACAUGCUCCACAGUGACUGGGUGUUCGGGCUGCAGUACUGCAAGAUCAGCAACUUCAUCGCGAACGUGACAGUGGCUGCCAGCGUGUUCACGCUCACGGGGAUAUCCUUCGACAGGUUCCAAGCGAUCGUGCGUCCGAUGCGGCCGCGCAUGUCCAAGACCUGCUCUCUGAUCGCGAUCGGCGGGAUCUGGCUCGGCGGGAUGGUGCUCGCCACGCCCUACCUGCUCUACUCCACCACCAAGGAAUACAAGUCAAGAGUUGGAGUGAAGACUGCCUGUCUGUUGGUUUGGCCAGAUGGCAUGCCCGAUGUCUCCAAAAUGGACUUCGUCUACCAAAUAGCGUUUUUCAUCGUGACGUACGCCGUGCCGAUGGUGGGGAUGUCGUUCUUCUACACCGCGAUGGGCAGAGAGCUGUGGGGAUCCAGGACCAUCGGAGAGCUCACGCAACGACAGCUCGAUUCUAUUAAAUCUAAGCGCAAGGUAGUGAAGAUGUUCAUCCUGGUGAUUGUGAUAUUCGGUAUCUGCUGGUUCCCGUACCACGGAUACUUCAUCUACACGCAUCUGGACUCCUCGAUCCUGUACUCCCGCUACGUGCAGCACGUCUACCUCGGCUUCUACUGGCUCGCCAUGUCUAACGCCAUGGUCAACCCCAUCAUAUACUACUGGAUGAACGCCAAGUUCAGGAGCUACUUCCGCAUGGCGAUCAUGUGCCGGUGGCUGGAGGUGAUGUGGAGGCGCCGCCACCCCCUGGACUCACCCCCCGAGUGUCCGUCCCAGUCCAACACUAGAUCCCGAUCAGGUUUUUACUCGUUAACCUACCGAGGAAUGCAGAGGAUCAAAAGGAAAUACAGCAGCCGGAUGGGCGCACCACACGCGUCGGAUCCGCAGCGACCCGCCCUCGCCGAGACUGUAUUCGCAUGCUAGCUGCAGGAAGUGUCCCGGCACCAACACCUACGACCCCUUCAUCCACGGGAGGAGAGUGUGAACGGGCCGGGGGAAGCCGCGCGCAGACCGAAGGACUGAA